UUUACAUGUAUUUACGGCCAUUUACCACUUUCACUCAACAUGUGUGGAUGAAAAUGAAAAAUCAACUAAACGAUAAUUUCCUUGGAUACAGUGCCACACAUUUCCUGAAUUGGUGUCUUGAACUUUGAAACAAACACAAAGCCCAUCUUAAAAUCCCUCAAUCUGAUUUACUCAAGUCUUCAGUGUUGAGUUGAUUACGAAUUAACCCUUCCUAAAAACCACGUCACCCUAGUCAACACAAUGUUCACUGAAAUUUGCAAAUCAGUAAAAACCUUUUCAAAAAAAAGACCAUUUUCAUUGUCAUUUAAUAGCUUAAAUUUAAGUGUCAGAAGCUUGGAUGGAUUUACAGACUGAAGUUUAUAGUCUGUCCCACUAAAUAGCAUCUCAAUGCCUUUGUUGACAGGUACCAAAUCUCCUCAUCUUAUUCAGCUCAACUCACCAAGUCAAGAUGGCAUCCAAUGUCACAACUCAAUCAGUGUUUAGUAAUAUUACAAUGGAUCAGGUGGUAUGCUCCAUCUGUACCAACCAUUUCAGGCAGCCCAAAGUGCUGGACUGUUUGCACACUUUCUGCCUGGACUGCCUUCAAAACCUGAGACAGAGCCCAGAUCUUAACAGUAACAAGCUGACGUGUCCUCGGUGUGCGAGGGAAACCAUUUUGAAUGGGUCUGGGAUCACUGAUCUCCCUGAUAACUUUGCAUUCAGUGCCCUGGUGGAAGAGGUCGCCAUGCAGGAUAAGCUACUUCAGGGUCUGGGGUCGGGGAUUACAUGUCAAGCCUGUGAUGAGGGGAAUCAGGCAAUUUCAAGAUGCAUGGAAUGCGACCAUUUCCUCUGUCAAGAAUGUCAGCGGGCACAUGGUCGGAUGACGCUGAUGAAAUCUCAUCGGAUCUACACACUGGCUCAACUUCGAUCGGGCAAGAUCACCUACAAGAGCAAACUGAGAGAAAUGAUUCCCAAGUGUAGAGAACACCCAGAUCAGAACGUCAGUGUCUACUGCAAUACGUGUCUGCAAGUCAUUUGCACGACUUGCUCUGUUUUGAAUCAUCCGUUACAUUCUGUCACUGCUCUCACCGAUGCCUUGGAAGAGUGCCAGAGCAUUGUUGCAGAGCUCGUAGCUAAAGUUCAGGAGAGCAAAACAGAACUGAGCAGCAUCCUACGAGAGACAUGCGAAUCACACAAGGCACUAAAUGCUGUCUUUGCUGACACUAAAAGGAAAAUCAAGAAAAAGGCUGAUCAGGAGGUUGCUAAGAUCCAAAAGAAGAUUUCCGAGAUCCGACAGGAGGAGCAAACAUUGUUGGAGGAGACACAGCAAAUUUACAAAGAAAGACUCAAACUAUUUGAAACAGUCCAAACUUACAACAGGACAGAGGUGACCCAGGUAGAGCACAGGUUGGAUGAAGUGAAGCGACUCAUGGAUCAAGCAAGUUGCUAUGAGAUUCUAGAACUUCAGCAGAAGCUCUUGGUUAACCUCAAUGAACUGACAUGGGCCAAGCCAAAGCGAGUUUCUGACAAGUUGACCUUCCUGGAUUUUGAGGAAGGUGAGAAGGCGCUUGGAAACCUUGUCCUGGAAGAGCCAGGGUCUGCAGCAAAGGAAUCCCCAGGACCUUGCCAAUCACUUUUGAGAGAGAUACAUGUAUGGGAACUGAAGACAGAAAUCAACAACUUUAAAGGGAAAAAUGCAAUCAUAGCACACAUUUCAACAUUCUCCAACAAUACAAUCCUUGCACUGCAGUCCACCAACCAAACAUUUUUUACAAUCUCAUCAUCCACACGUCCAAAUGAAUCUCCUCCAGAUCCGCAAAGGCUACAAAUCAAAGGCCUUACUAAAACAAGGUGUAUUGCAGUAAAUGAUGACGACAAGCUCAUCGGGCUCUGUGGUUCUUGUGUCAAGGUCUUUGAUGCACAGCAUCAGCUCCUCCAUCAGUUCAAACCAGCCAUAGGGUUGGACCAACCAACUUGCCUUGCCGUGGAUGGCAGCAAUCUGAUAGCAGUGGGCUAUGAAGAAAGGAGCGAGAUAUCCCUGCACAAGCUGAACGGAUCCCUCAUCAGGAGAUUGCCUGCUCCGAUGAUCGAGUGCUACCUGGCAACGUAUAAGCAAUGGCUUAUCUACACUACCUACUGGGCAAAAAGGUUGAUAUGCAUUGACUACCAGGGGUUCACCGUCUUCUCAACAGACAUGACCGAUGACAUACUGGAGGGUGGGCACCCAACUGGUGUGUGCUGUGACACUGAUGGCAGCAUCUAUGUUGGCGUGAGCAGAUUUCCAGCGGGUGAUGUUCUCCAUUACAGCCCUGAUGGCAAGUACAUUGGCUACAUCAUCACAGGAUGCAUUGCUCCAUGUGACAUCACACUCACAUCAGAUGGCCAGCUGGUAGUGGCUGCUGGGGGUUCUGUGAGGAUUUAUCACCGGGUGUAAGAACAGAUUUGUUCCCAACAAAACAAACAGACUGAAGCAAAAGAUAUUUGUGCAGCAAAAAUCAGGAAGGCGAGGGUGUAGCAAACAUUCACAGGUUGAUUUAUUUGCCUUUGGGACAUGUCAUGAAAUGUGAGAAAAUAUCACUGAGUGACUGUUUGAGCAAUGUUACAUCCUAGACAAGGUGGAUAAUUUCAAGGGGCAAAAAGAUGGGUAUAAAGAGAACAAAGUCUUUAUUGCAACCUACUCAAUUCUGCUUUGAAACAUAUGAAAGUUGGUUCCUGUCAUUCAGAAAGGUGUUUAGUAACUGACUGUAGAUACGGAACAAUCCUUGAGGAAAACUCACAGUGUACAUUAACAAAAUUUAGUAAGAAAAUAAUUUAGAUAUGUUUUUGUCAACCAAUACAGUUAAAAUAUACAAGGGUGCAUCUACACUUAAUUGUUUGGUUCUCAAAUUUUUGACCAUGUGGGAAGGGUAGUCGGUUAGGGGAAAAAGGAGGUAAACAAUUUACUUGCUUGUCCCCAGAAUUCCUAAGAUUAUAUUUUUCUCGUUUUUGUCCUGGUAGGAAAGUCCAGACGGGUUGGUGGCAUAACGAAAGUUUUUUUUCCUCAGGGUCGGUCAGAAAUUACCUACAGACAUCCAAAUGCACACAUAUUAAGAGCGAUGGCAUCUAAAAUCACAAGACGUAUAUUUGUCUCAGUUUGUGUGUUCACUGUCCUUUCCAUGAUGAACAGCAAAACUACAUGUACCACCAUCUAUAUGAAUCAAGAAUUUCCUUUCUCUGCCAGAAAAAUUUAAUCAGUCACAAGAAAAUUGUGAGUCCAUGCACACUGCCUCUCAUUCUAUACAAUUACACUGUAUAUAUACUGUGAAUGUAGAAGAUUUGAAGAGAGGAAACCUUACCUUCAAAGUUAAAUUUUACUGUGAUUGUGAAUUUUAAACAUCUCGUGGCAUCUAUGAAUGUAGGACUAUAGUUUUAUCCUUUGCUUGAUUCUUUGUCAUACAUGUAGCAUGAGUACUCAAUGCAUGUAAGUUUCAUAAUGAAUGUUUGGUGAAAAUCCUCCAAAGAUUUUCUGUAAAGCCUACCAGUAACUUAUGUAUACAUGUAUAUGCUUUGAGAAACAGUUCAUAAACUGCCAAAUGUCAGCUACAUUGUAUUUAGCCGCAUGCUGUAUCAAUGCUUUAGCUCCGGAAGUACUGUACUUGAUACAAAUACAAUACCACUCGCAUCAUGCUUCUCCAGGAUUGUAAAGCUCGCAAAAGCAGUCGCCCACCACGUUCUUAUCUUCCGUUUUAGCCGUAACAAUUUGUCGCACCAUGACCAAUUCCACUUGUUUUUUACUGAUUUGUCAAUCUCU